UUGUUUGUGGUGCUGGUAUGAGGCAGGGACAGACCCUGGAGAGCGAUGUUACAGUAAACACAGCAUCUCGCCCUGUUGCUUGCUCGGAGCCUCUCAGGAGACCAGCAGGACACUCGGCCGCUGGACAAGCGCACGCCUGCAGGUCAGCCUGACCAAGUAAAAGACAAAAGGCUGGUCGCUUGCUAAACUAAACUCCCUCUCACCCUUUGACUUUUGAUCAAGAGUUGUGCUGAGCUGGCCACAGCCUCCCGAGGACGUCUGUAGCAGCCCUGGGAGAAGCAUCAGGCCUUCCCCUGCCUCUGGGAAUAAUGCCCACGGUGGAUGACAUCCUAGAGCAUGUAGGGGAAUUUAACUUUUUCCAGAAACAAAUGUUUUUCCUCCUCGCUCUGCUCUCAGCCGCCUUCGCUCCCAUCUACGUGGGCAUCGUCUUCCUGGGCUUCACCCCGGACCACCGCUGCCUGAACCCCAGCGUGGCCGAGCUGGGCCGGCGCUGCGGCUGGAGCCUGGCGGAGGAGCUGAACUACACGGUGCCGGGCGCGGGGCCGGCGGGCGAGGCCUUCCCCCGCCAGUGCCGCCGCUACGAGGUGGACUGGAACCAGAGCGCCCUCGGCUGCCGGGACCCGCUGGCCGGCCUGGCCGCCAACAGGAGCCACCUGCCGCUGGGCCCCUGCGCGCACGGCUGGGUGUACGACGCGCCCGGCUCCUCCAUCGUGACCGAGUUUAACCUAGUGUGUGCCAACUCCUGGAUGCUGGACCUGUUUCAGUCGGCUGUGAAUGCUGGGUUUUUUAUUGGUUCUGUGUCUAUCGGCUACAUAGCAGACAGGUUUGGCCGUAAGCUCUGCCUCUUGAUCACAAUCCUCAUAAAUGCUGCCUCUGGGGUCCUCAUGGCCUUUUCCCCAACCUACACAUGGAUGUUAACUUUUCGUUUGAUCCAAGGACUGGUCAGCAAGGCAGGCUGGCUGAUAGGCUACAUCCUGAUUACAGAAUUUGUCGGGCUGAGCUAUAGAAGAACAGUGGGGAUUUUUUACCAAGUCGCCUUUACGAUUGGGCUCCUGGUACUUGCUGGGGUGGCAUACGUGAUUCCUCACUGGAGGUGGCUGCAGCUCACGGUUACUGUGCCCAACUUCUGCUUCUUGCUCUAUUACUGGUGUGUGCCUGAGUCUCCAAGGUGGCUGAACUCCCAGAACAAAAAUGCCAAAGCCAUGAAGGUCAUUAAGCACAUUGCCAAGAAAAACGGAAAAUCUCUGCCCGCCUCUGUCCAGAGCCUCCGGCCCGAUGAGGAAGUCGACAAGAAGCUGAGUCCUUCAUUCCUCGACUUGGUCAGAACCCCUCAGAUAAGGAAACACACUUUGAUCUUGAUGUACAACUGGUUCACGAGCUCUGUUCUCUACCAGGGCCUCAUCAUGCAUAUGGGCCUUGCAGGGAACAACAUCUACCUGGAUUUCUUCUACUCUGCCCUGGUUGAAUUCCCAGCCGCCUUCAUCAUUAUCCUCACCAUUGACCGCAUUGGUCGCCGUUAUCCGUGGGCUGCAGCAAAUAUGGUGGCAGGAGCAGCCUGUCUGGCUUCAGUUUUUAUCCCUGAUGAUCUACAGUGGCUAAGAGUUACUGUCUCAUGCCUGGGUAGAAUGGGGAUUACGAUGGCCUAUGAAAUGGUCUGCCUGGUCAACGCUGAGCUGUACCCCACUUUCAUCAGGAACCUCGGAGUCCUCGUCUGCUCCUCCAUGUGUGACAUUGGUGGCGUGUUCACGCCGUUCCUGGUCUACCGGCUCACCGACCUCUGGCACGAGCUCCCGCUGGUGGUGUUUGCUGUGGUCGGCUUGAUCGCCGGAGGACUGGUGCUGCUGCUGCCCGAGACCACGGGGAAGGCUUUGCCCGAGACUGUUGAGGAAGCUGAAAACAUGCAGAGACCAAGAAAAAAUAGAGAAAAGAUGAUUUACUUCCAAGUCAAGAAAGUAGACAUUCCCCUAAGCUAAGAAGAGAGAUCACUCCCGCUAUGGCCUUGCUUGAUGACACAAAGCCAGAAUCAGCUGCUUCUCCAUUCAUCAUAAAGCCCAUACAAUUCAACCUUACUUUCCUUUGAACCCUACUAAUCUAGAUUCAUAGUCAAAUGGAGUUUGUUGUAUUACUGCAGGAAAAUCCACCCAUGGGAUCAAAUCCUGCCAAGCCCCUCCAGCUCACUGGAUUCCCAACACCCCUAAGACAGUUUUCUGGGAAUUUUUUUCAUCUUUGUGUUUAUUUUAUUCCUUCAUCUGAAAUGAUAUCAAACCAAACACAUAGGGGAAUUGUAGGUCUGGGAAACAGAACGGAAAAGAUCUGAAAAACAAGAAAGUUGGGAGCAGAGAGCCUGUUUUCUUAAAGAAAUAACACAUCUAAGGCAAUAUCAGGUUGACCAGAAUGUACAUCAAGGCCUUUCAGUGUCAUAUAUGAAGAACUUUUAAAAUACAUUGAUUGUUUUGAGAUCAGACUUUAAAGGACCCUGCAGUAAAAGAAUCAGGACUACAGUUUGAGUAAUCACUAAGCCUUUUAUAUUUAGACAGGGUAAAUGGAAAAGUGUGCCUUCUGCAAAAACUCUUGAGAAGAGAUUGACAAAGAGCGGUGUUGAAGUUGGCAUUUUUAAACCAUGGAUGAUAGUGUUUCAGUCCAGUAAAAAUUCCUCUGAAUUUGUGGUUCUAAAAGAUUAUAAUAAUAUUUUCCAAAGUAAUAUAGAAAAUAGAUUUUUAAAACCUAAAUAUCAUAAGACCUAUAAUGAAAAAACAAAAAGUUCCUUGUCCCAUUUCACAUCUACCAACUCCUCAGAGAAAAUUUCCAACUAUUUUAGCUAUUUUUUCCACUGAGAUUCAUCUUCAUAUAUUUAAACAGCUUGCCUUACAUUGACAUCUCUUGAUUUUUAGUUUUAAAUGCUAUCUACUGACUUUUUUAAUAUAAAAGACGAAGAUGUAGUUCUUUUCACCUCUCCCCUCAACCCAGCACACAACUUCUCUCCCCCUGCAAACUCUGUUAUCAAAUUUUUAUUAAAUAAAACAGUCAACAUUCA